AUGACCCUUCUUCUUCGUAUUUUUCUGCUUCUUCUUUUUAAUCCUUUCCUCUGUUUUACUCCUUUGUUCUUCUUCAUUUUCUUUCUUUCCCACUGCAUUUGCACCCCCCUAUUCUACUUUAUGUUCCUCCUCCUUCUCUUUCUUCUUCUUAUCAUUCCCUACUCAUCCUCCUCUCCUUCUUUUAAUUACUUCUCCUCCUGCUCUACCUUGUUCUCUUCUUUCUCUUGCUUCGCUUUUUCUUUCCCAGACUUCUUUUGUCCUCCUCUUCUUCUUCUCUCAGAAUUUCACCUUCUCUUCCUCUACCUCCUCUUCCUGCACCUCCUCUUUCUCUUAAAAUACUCCUCUUCCUUCUCCUAUUCUUCGUCUUCUACUUCUUUUGCUUCUUCUUCUUUGUCUUCGUGCUUACUUAAAUGUUUCAUUCUCCUCCCAGAUUUUUCUUCUUCUUCUUCUUCUUCUUCUUCUUCUUCUUCUUCUUCAUUUUUCCACGUUUAUUUUGCUUCUUUUUCGUCUUCUUCGUGCUUGUUUAACUCUUUCAUCCUCUCCUCUCCUCCCAGAUUCUUCCUCAUCUUUUUUUCCUCUUUUUCUUCUUCUUUAUCUUUUACGUCCUGUUUCUCGUGCUUUUUUGUUGCUUUUCUUUGUCUUCUUCGUCUCUUUCGUGCUUGUUUAACUCUUUCAUCUUCCCCUCUCCUCUCAGAAUUCUUCUUCACUUUCUUUUUCUUCAUCUUUUUUCUUUUUUUCCCACGCUUUUUUUUAUUCUUUUUCGUCUUCAGUCUUCCUUUUCCUCUUUAUUUUAUUUUUUCUCCUUUUUUUUCUACUCUUUUUUCGUCUCCUUUGUGUUUGAUUUAUCCUCCCUUAUCCCCUCAGAAUUCUUCUUCUUCUUCUUCUUCUUCUUCUUUGCUCUUUCCUUUUUCUUGCUUCUCUUCUUUUUCUUUUUCAUCUCUUUUCUUCGUUUGUCCGCCUCGUCUUCUUGUUUCUCCUUUUCUCCUCCCUUUCCUGAAUAUGUUCGUCUUCCUUCUUUUUCUUCCCGUUUUACUCCUUUGUUCUUCUUCAUUUUCUUUCUUCCCCACUGCAUUUUCAUCCCCCCUCUAUUCUACUUUAUGUUCCUCUUCCUCCUCCUCUUUCUUCUUCUUAUCAUUCCCUACUCACCCUCCUAUCCCUCUCUCCUUCUUUUACUUACUUCUCCUCCUGCUGUACCUUUUCUUCUUUUACUUGCUUCGCCUUUUCUUUCUCAGACUUCUUUUGUCCUCCUCAUCUUCUUCUCUCACAGUUUCACCUCCUCUUCCUCCACCUCCUCUUCCUCCGCCUCCUUCCCUUUCCGUUUUACUAUCUCUCCUCCUCCUCUCCUUUCUUAAUCUUUAUUUUCUUGCACCCCCACUGCAUUCUAUUCUUUUUCUCUCUAUUAUAUCUUCUCUUUCCAUCGUCUUCUGCUCCCCCUACUCCUAUGAUUAUUCUAAUUCUUGCUUCUUCUUCUCUCCUCCUCCUCCAAAUGUCUCCCUCUUCUUCUUCAGUGUUCUUUUACUUACCCCCCCUGCUCUUCCAUGUCCUCUUCCUUUUCUUGCUUCUCUUCUUUUUCGUCUUCAGCCUUUUCUUCUUUUUUUCUGGCUCAUCAUCUUCGCUUCACCUUCUCUUCCACGACCUCCCCCCUCUUUCUGUUUUACCAUCUCCUCCUCCUCUCCUUUGUUACCAUUCAUAUCCUCCUACUCCUAUGAUUAUUCUAAUUCAUGCUUCCCCUACCCUUCAGAGAAUGUUCCAGGCAGAAAUUGUAUCUAUCUAUCUAUCUAUCUAUCUAUCUAUCUAUCUAUCACGUUCACAUCUAUCUAUCUAUCUAUCUAUCUAUCUAUCUAUCUAUCUAUCUAUCUAUCACGUUCACAUUUCUCUCUCUCUAUCUAUCUAUCUAUCUAUCUAUCUAUAUCGUUUCUAUCAUCUAUCUAUCUAUCUAUCUAUAUCUAUCUAUAUCGUUCACAUCUCUAUCUAUCUAUCUAUCUAUCACGUUCGCAUUUCUAUCUAUCUAUCUAUCUAUCUAUCUAUCUAUCUAUCUAUCUAUCACGUUCACAUUUCUCUCUCUCUCUCUCUCUCUCUAUCUAUCUAUCUAUCACGUCCAUAUUUCUAUCUAUCUAUCUAUCUAUCUAUCUAUCUAUCUAUCUAUCUAUCAUCUAUCACAUAUCUAUCUAUCUAUCUAUCUAUCUAUCACGUUCAUUCCAUCUAUCUAUCUAUCUAUCUAUCUAUCGUUCAUCUAUCUAUCACGUUCUCUCUCUCUCUCUCACUAUCACUCCAUUUCUAUCUAUCUAUCUAUCUAUCUAUCUAUCUAUCUAUCUAUAUAUCAUAUCUAUCUAUCUAUCACGUUCGCAUUCCUAUCUAUCUAUCUAUCUAUCUAUCUAUCUAUCUAUCUAUCUAUCUAUCUAUCACGUUCAUCUAUUUCUAUCUAUCUAUCUAUAUAUCUAUCUCUCUCUCUAUCUAUCACGUCCAUAUUUCUAUCUAUCUAUCUAUCUAUCUAUCUAUCUAUCUAUCACGUUCACAUUUCUCUCUAUCUUUCUCUCUCUCUAUCUAUCUAUCUAUCUAUCUAUCUAUCUAUCUAUCUAUCUAUGUCGUCUUUCCCAAGUGAAAUGCCAAGGAAGUAGAAUAUCUUGA